GGACAUGGAUUUUUUCUGCCCCCUCCUCCUGUUCCCAUUGUGAGUCAGCCAUUAAAAUUUAAAACUUGUUUUUUCCAUUUUGUUUUAACCUAAGUCACCUAUAUAUUAAGCUUUAAGUGAGACUCCUUUUCAUUAAAAAUAAAUUGUUGCCUCUUAUUUGAAGUACACUGAAACAAAUUUUUUUUUUUUUUUUUUUCCUCCUAGGUUUUCUUUUCGCUCAAAAAUGCAUUUCCUCUUCCCAAACAUCGUCUUUUUGAUAAUCUUCGUCCAUGGCCCAUCAAUAUCUGUUUGUGCUGAUAACGAAAAAUACCACAACUGUGGCAAACUCAUUGAAUGUGGAAAUAUCCGGGAUAUUGGUUAUCCCUUCUGGGGAUUGGGAAACACCAGACCAGAUUACUGUGGCCCUCCAAAUUUCCAGCUGAGUUGCAUAAACCACGUUUUACAUAUCACAAUCUCCUCCCAGGAUUACCGAGUCCUGGAUAUCGACGUUGUCAAACAUGAGCUCAGGCUCGUCAGGAAGGAUUACUGGAACAAUGUUUGUCCCCACACAGAGCUCCAUAACACCACCUUGGAUGAUAUGUUCAGCUUCUUCAAUUAUACUUUGGAUACUGAAUAUAUGACUCUGUUAUAUGAUUGUAAAGUCAAAAUCGGUAUGCUCAACUACUUCAAUUGCAGCACAUCUGGAAGAGACACUGUAAAUUACUUCUUAACAGAGCUUAUAACACAGAAUAACUUGCGAAAAGCGACUGCAGUUCAUACAAGUUUUUAUGGAAAUUGCAAGGAAAGUGUAGUGGUUCGAGUUUUUCAAUCAGAAGCUAUGGUUUUGCAGAAUGAUACUUCUUCAUUAAAGGAUAAGGUGAUAAAGGCUGUGAGUUCCGGGUUUGGUUUGAAGUGGGAUGCAAAUAAUACUCUCUGUGAUGCUUGUGAAGGGACUAACGGGAGGUGCGGUUACAACCCUGUUUCUGGUGAAUUUGUCUGCUAUCAAAACCAAGAUGUUAGAUCGUCUCUGAGGCUAAGUUGGGCCAUAGGCAUUUCAGUAGCUGUGCUUGGAUUUUUCACAAUUUCUGUGGUGAUUUUUUGUAUCCACAAGAGAAAAUAUGUAUCAAGUAAAGUUAUGGUAUUUUGGAAUAAAGACAAAACAGAGGAGUUCGAUGUGGAGGCGUUUAUAAGGAAUCAUAUUUCAUUUGCACCAAAGCGAUAUAGUUAUUCCCAAGUCAAGAAAAUGACAAACUCAUUUGCAAACUCAAUAGGAAGAGGAGGAUAUGGUUGUGUAUACAAAGGAACACUACCUGAUGGUCAUCUUGUUGCAGUAAAAGUCCUAAAAGAGUCUAAAAGUGAUGGAGAAGAAUUUAUCAAUGAAGUUGCAAGUAUGGGUAGGACUUCUCAUGUAAAUAUAGUCACUCUUUUCGGAUUCUGUUACGAAGGAACCAAAAGAGCCUUGAUUUAUGAUUACAUGCCCAAUGGAUCGCUUGAUAAAUUUAUAUUUAAUCAGGAAUUUAAGAAUAUGCCUCGUAGUUGUCUAGAAUGGAAAACAUUGUAUGAAAUUGCUCUUGGCAUUGCACGAGGACUAGAAUACUUGCAUCGUGGUUGUAACACGAGGAUCUUGCAUUUUGACAUAAAGCCUCAGAACAUUCUUUUGGAUGAAGAUUUUUGUCCAAAAAUUUCUGAUUUUGGUUUAGCUAAACUAUGGCUAAACGAGGAAAGCAUUGUAUCGGUGAUUGGUACGAGAGGAACUGUAGGAUAUAUAGCACCUGAAGUAUUCAGUAGGAAUUUUGGUGGAGUAUCUCAUAAAUCUGAUGUUUAUAGUUAUGGUAUGCUGGUUCUGGAAUUAGUCGGAGGACGAAAGAAUAUUAAUGCUAGAGUUCACUAUACAAGUGAAAUAUACUUUCCUUCUUGUAUUUAUGAAGAUCUAGAAUUAGGUAGAGAUUUAAGGGUUUCAGGAGUUGCAACAGAGGAAGAAAAAGAAAUAGCAAGGAAGAUGGUAAUGGUCAGCUUCUGGUGCAUUCAGACAAAUCCAUCAGAACGACCCCAAAUGAGUAAAGUAGUAGAUAUGUUAGAAGGAGACCUUCAGUCCAUCCAGAUUCCACCAAAGCCAUUUUUGUUUUCUCCUCCAAGGUCUCCUCAGCAAUAUUCCACGAAAUCAUAAUAAUUAAUGUUUAUGUAUAUAAGCAUAGUACUUAUUAUAAUUGCACAUACUAGUUUUUCUCUUUUUUAGUAUUUGCCCAAUUUUCUGUAUGUUUCUAAUUUUCUCUCAGUGAAGCUUUUGCUUGAAUAAACAUAACGAAAAAAAGAAAAUAG